AUCUGGCAGAGAUCAUCACUACUGUUAUCUUAUCAGUUUUAUUUCUCCCUCUGCAUCCUCCAAAAAGCAAAGAAGAGACAGUAGAGAACGAAAGAUCUAAUUAAUCGAAAUGCUGCUGCAAAUUGCUAAUCACUAUACACAUAAAAAAACGAAUUACGGUAACAAAGAGAUUGAUUACAUUACUUAAUCAGCAACACUCCCCAAUCCCCAUCACCAGACGCAAAUUACAUUAAUCGACGCGAAACCCUAAAACCGGAAAAAAUAGAAAUUGUAGGGAAGGAACAAUCAGAAUCUGAAGAGAGAAAACUACUUUCGCAGAGGAAGCGCGCGGUGGAGGCGGUGGAACUCUGCGGAACUUAGAAAGGAGGCGGAGCGUGAAAGCCCUUCAAGAAGGGGCGACUGUGGAAAGCGGCGGCGUCGGAGACGUGAACGGUGUCCUUCAACUUGUGGAAGCCAUCUUUGAAGACCCCGAAGCCGAAUAGCAUUCCGAUCAAGACCACCACCAGGAUCAAGCAAGUGCAGAGCAUGCACAUCCUCCCCCCGCAGCACAUCCUUCCUUUCUCCUCUCGCUCGCCGGGCCUUGGAUUCUCGGAGCUCCGAAUCGGAUCUCUUUCUCUCUGUGUGUUUCUGUUCGAGAUCUAGGCACAAGGGCUCUCGCAAUUAAUCGCUCUCUCGUUCGCUCGGUCGCUCGCCAAUCGCUGUCUGUGAAUAUGAAUUUCAAUUCCAGGACGUUACGAGGGCAGCGCGGAAGGGCGAAAGAAAGGGAAUCCUCUCGCGGCUCUUAAAAGCAACGCAAUAAAGAUGGACAACGAUAUACAAUAACCCAUCUAAAACUGAAAAGCAGGUAUUUAUAAAUAAAUUUUCCUUCUUAUUUCCUUUUCCGCAUCUAAAUCUGAUUCCCGUUGCAGGAAAUUGAGUAGGAAAAGGAAUUGGGUUUUUCUUAAUCCCGACUCAUCCGUCAUUCUCGUUGGCUCAAGGAAAACUUAUUUGAUUUUGGCAGAUUAACAAGGUGAAAACUGCAGACUGCCACUAUGGAAACUGUUUAGUAGAAUUGAAAAGGGUGCUCCAAAAUGGAGUGAUACAGGUACAGAACAAGAACAAAAGCAGCCCACCCAAGCAACAUAGAUGAGUUGCUAGCCUUGAUGGAAGACCUAGUAGUGUCUGAUUUAUAUGACAUUCAGAUUUGCGCAGCACAUACAGACUUCCUUGUUAUUCAGGUUUGACAUUUUGGAUACAUUUUAGUUUGAUCUUUGAUGAUGGGGAUUCUUGAAGUAGGAUUCAUGUCUCAGUUACAGUUAAGAGGCUGCAAAUGUUGGGUCAAAAGCAUAUCUCUGCACCUGUUGCUUGUUUAGUGAUUGUGAGAUGAUCCCAAUCAAUAUGAUUGUGGAGCAGCUCGUGGGAAUAGUCACUGGGACAUCUCUCUUUGUUUGUCCAUCGGCAAUCGGCCAUUGCUGCUGAAUCUGCCUUAGCUAGCUGGUGCUUAUUAUUGAUCACACUGGGUUGCAGCGUAUAGGUAGUCGGAUCAUCAUUAGGGAGCACUGAUGCAUGUUGUGGGCAGUGUUGGAUGCUAGUAGCAGCGACAGGAAAUACGCGAUGAAGCGUCCAAGUUCAGCAUAGAUGGUUCAACCUGGAGUGUUCAGUGGAAAGAGGGCAAAGAAGCAGAGUCUAGAAUUGAAUUGUUGACUUGCCUUGAAGGUAAAUUGUUUCUAUAGGAACCGUCUUUGGCUUUGUAAUUUGCUUUCUUUGCCAUCCAGAGUUCAUAACAUCCAUUUGUGUAUUGGUAAUGCACAUAAGAAAAUUUUGUGCUAGCUAUACCUACCUAGGAUACUGCAGCAAAGUCUCUUAUCUUCCUGUACCAUUUUUUUUUUUUUUGCAAUAGAAACUCGUCUUUGAAUUGCGUAAAGUGACUUGUUCUUCUAUCGGCUGUGUAGAUCUGUUAACAAGUUGCAGUGGUGGCAGAUUAUUGACCGCUUUGAAUCAGUGACUCCCAAAAUCUGAUACUAGUUGCGUGCUCUUGUACAGUAUGGAGCUAGUAGUAGUUUGAAACCGGUAGGAUCUAUAGAUGAGCAUAGCCAUAGGUGGGAGGUCGAAGUGGAAGCAGAGCAAUCGUGACAGCAGAGUAAUCUUUCUGCUGUGACCGUUUUUGCUUCUUAUCAUUAGAAGAAUUCAUCCAUUCAUUCAUUCAUAAACAAUCGUUUACCGUAACAAUAAUCAUGUUCCAAGUAACCUAGAUCAGAUGAUGAUGAAGAAUAUAUAGAUGUGACUAUCUUCAUCUGUAUGUUUCAAUCACUGCCUCUGCUGGAUUACAAGCCAUUAACCGUAAUCUGAGAAAAUCUAAAACAACAGUGUAUCAACAAAAUAAGUUUUUAGCGAUGAGAUCAGGCACAAGCGCAGGUAUUAUUAUCUACGAGAAGGAUCUCCGGCUCCUGGUUGUCUCCACUCCUGAAGAGGAGAUAACCGAGCGACAGGCCGAGAACGAUGGCGAGGAAGACGCCGCCGUUGAAAGACAUGAUGGCCAGCAUCAGCAAGUACCCCAUCGCCGAGUUCACCCCAAACAAGAUCGCUCCGGCGAGGCGAGUCGGACCCGUGGCGGGCUUGGGGAGCAGGAGAGGAGCGUUGACCGGGGACGGCGAGGAAGAAGAACUGGUGGAGGCCUUGAGCCGGAUGCGGCGAUCUUCCAUGUACUGGUAAAAGGCGGCGAAGAGGAAACAGGCUAGUAAAGUGAGGAGGUAAGAGAGCAAGGAGUCGGUUUUCCAGGAGUCGAGGAGAAGCGUGACUUGGAUCCCCCAAUACAGCGUCAUGUGCAUCAUCUUUGAUGAGAUUCAACUGACCGCAAAAAACGCCGACGGAGGUCGAUUGGAGAAGACGGUGGGUGGCCCGGCCGGCGUUUUUUGGGUCGGAAUCGUUAAUUUCUGAAAGCAGAGCUUCGGGAAAUAAUGCAGUGACAACAGCACCGAGGAGAGGAUUGCAAUGAUCGAUUGGCGGAUGGGUGGUUAUUAAUUAUCACUGCACUGCGAGGGUGGCGUAGAGAUUACUUGCGUUGCGUGGUCCCAACAAGAUGCCAAUUCCUUCGACAACCUGUUGGAUCCAAAUACAAUAUUGGCUUAGCG